UCCUUUCUUUUUUCCCCCCCAGAAAUAUAUCGUCUCAGUGACAGUUAAUACUUUCACGGACUGCUUUGAUAAACGAGCAAGUGGUUCGUAGCAGAAAUAGUUUGAGGCAUGGUUUUGUUAGCAUGUUUGUGCGGCUGUUGUGUCGCCUUACAACCUUCUAUCAUUAGGGUCCUGCUGUCAGCGCUAUUUCCCAUUUUCUUGAAUUUAUUGUCCGUGGUGUCGCGUUUUAUCGCGACACUGCCGUCCCUUACAAACUCCCAGACGACUAUGUCGCGCCUGUUUCGGGUUUUCCACGCCAGCUCCCUGUGAUAUUUGGAUGAAAACAAGCCAGGAGAUGGUGACCUUUUUCAGUGCCAGCAGCGAAGCGGGGGUGAACGGCGAUUUGUGUGAAGGAGGGCAGGUAGAUGGCGCGGAAAUCUAAUUCCGUUCGGGCUUAUGUAAGGACUAGCCCCACUUCUGGGUCAUGUUUUGGUACAUCCAGUUCUACUGUUGGCUCGGGGAGAACUUCACGUUGAAUUCCAGAGUUGGGCAACUCCAAGGAAAGCGCCUCAGGCAAAGCAGCUGUCCCCACUCGGGUCCAAGGGACACCAAGUGACGCGUGUAACAUAUUUGGCAUCUGACCCAUUUGUUGCUGUUCAGGGUCAUCAACCUUCUAACUGCCUAAUCUCACUAUCUGCCUCGUCUUCUCUCAGCCAAAUGUUAAUAUCUUGUUUUUUUUAUUUUUCCCUUUGAAAGUGGGCCGCCACCUCCUUUUUUUUUUGCCUUUAGGGAAUGACUAAGAAGUUUAUAAUGAGCUCUGUGAAAAGUGGAAAGAAAAGCAUCAGUGCAGCCAAAACUAACAGUUAAGCUGAACAGGAUCACUCUGAGUCAUAGUACCAAGUUAUCUGCAACAUCACCAGAAGAAUUCAUUUGAAAAACUUUUACCAUGUCGGAGCUCUGUAUAACUCCAUAUCUAGCACUGAAGAAAAACUUGGAUCCAAAUAUCGUGAUGCCUUAAUGGACAAUUGAAAGAUUUUUCUCUGGAAAAAAGAAAAUCAGGCAAAUCUGGUCCCGUUUUCUGUCGUCACCGUCUCGCCCCCUGCCUUUAAAUCCCUUCUUUAUUUUACCCGUGUCUGCAUGAGGUGCAGGGAUGCCGCAUCACGUCGACCGCAGUUCAUGAGAGAGAGGUUUACGGUGGAGCAGAGUGGGAAGACAGGAAAUGACAGAGUGCCUGACAGAAUGCAAGGCGCUGGUGACUCCAUCCACGCGCAACGGUCACCGCGUCUUCAGCUACACGUUGGAGAGCCACACCUCAGCCGCCUUCGCCAUCAUGAACGAGCUGCGCCUGGAGAAGCAGCUGUGCGACGUCACCCUGCGCGUGCGCUACAAGGACCUGGAGGCAGUGGACUUCGUGGCUCACAAGGUGGUGCUGGCCUCGUCGUCGCCCGUCUUCCGCGCCAUGUUCACCAACGGCCUGAAGGAGUGCGGCAUGGAGCUGGUUCCCAUUGAAGGGAUCCAUCCCAGAGUUAUGGACCGAUUGAUUGAGUUUUCCUACACUGCCAGCAUCUCUGUGGGGGAGAAGUGCGUCAUCCAUGUGAUGAACGGCGCCGUCAUGUAUCAGAUAGACAGUGUGGUCAAGGCUUGCUGCGACUUCCUCGUCCAGCAGCUCGACCCCAGCAACGCCAUCGGCAUCGCCAGCUUUGCUGAGCAGAUCGGUUGCACGGAGCUCCACCAGAAGGCCAGAGAAUACAUCUACAUGAACUUCAGCCAGGUUGCAACCCAGGAGGAGUUUUUCAACUUGUCCCAGUGCCAGCUGGUCAACCUCAUCAGCCGCGAUGAGCUCAACGUGCGCUGCGAGUCCGAGGUCUUCCAGGCGUGCGUGGCCUGGGUGCGCUACGACCAUGAGAACCGCCGACCGUACGUCCAGGCCUUACUCCAGGCUGUCCGCUGCCAUUCCCUCACUCCCAACUUCCUGCAGGCGCAGCUCCAGUCUUUGGACUGGGACCCUCAGUGUAAAGACUACUUGGCUCAAAUCUUCCAGGACCUCACACUCCACAAACCUACCAAAGCCGUUCCUUGCCGAACUCCCAAGGUACCGCAGCUCAUCUACACUGCAGGGGGAUAUUUCCGCCAGUCUCUCAGCUACCUGGAGGCCUACAACCCCUGUACAGGCGCCUGGCUGAGGCUGGCUGACCUGCAGGUUCCCCGCAGUGGGCUGGCGUCCUGCGUCAUCAGUGGACUCUUCUACGCCGUUGGCGGCAGAAACAAUGCACCUGACGGGAACAUGGACUCCAACACGUUGGACUGCUACAACCCUAUGAACAACUGCUGGCACCCGUGUGCACCAAUGAGCGUUUCAAGAAACCGAAUUGGGGUCGGCGUCAUCGAUGGCAUGAUUUAUGCGGUUGGCGGUUCACAUGGGUGCAUCCAUCACAACAGCGUGGAAAGGUAUGAUCCAGAGCGGGACCAGUGGCAGCUGGUAGCCCCAAUGUUAACGCGGCGUAUUGGUGUGGGUGUUGCUGUGAUCAACCGACUGCUUUACGCUGUCGGGGGUUUCGACGGCGCCAACCGGCUCAGCUCCUGUGAGUGCUACUACCCAGAGAAGGACGAGUGGAGGACCAUGGCCCCCAUGAACACUGUCCGGUCUGGAGCUGGUGUGUGUGCGCUGGGUAAUCAAAUUUUUGUGAUGGGUGGAUACGACGGCACCAACCAGCUGAACACAGUGGAGCGCUACGACGUGGAAACGGACACGUGGAGCUCUGCCGCCUCCAUGAGGCACAGGCGCAGUGCGCUGGGAGUCACUGCUUUACAUGGCCGUAUUUAUGUGUUAGGAGGCUACGAUGGCAACACUUUCCUAGACAGUGUGGAGAGCUAUGACCCAGAGACAGACAGCUGGUCAGAGGUCACCCACAUGACAUCAGGGCGGAGCGGCGUGGGUGUGGCUGUUACCAUGGAGCCGUGCCAAAAGGGUCUGUCUCGGAGUCAGAUGACUGAGAGCUUCGAAGGCUCGAUCGUCCAGUCCGUCAGCUCUGAUUUUAGCCAGUGUGGACCGUUUAGCUAAGGCACAUGAAUGUUUGAAGGCACAUGCCCUCAUACGUCGUUGAGCCGCCCUAAUGUUUAGCUCUGCUCUGUAUAAAGUAAGGGCAGACGUGUGCAGAACACCACAUCCUGCCUCAUUGACUUUAGGUGUUUAAAGAUGAAUCAACACGAGUCGCAUCUUAUUGCCCGUGCGCUGCUGAUUCUCUUUUGUAAGGUGGAAAUUAGCAGCACUGAGCACAAGACCCCUCAGUGCAUCUGUUCUACAGCCAACAGGCCAUGUUCAACCAGAAAAGGGCUGCAAGUUGAAAUGUAUUUUAUUGGCUCAAACACUCAUCAGGUCAUUUUUAAAUUGAUUGAAUCUGAUGGUGAAACUACAAUAGGACUAAAAGUAGCAGGCAGUAGUAUUUAAAGUGCCAUUACAGUGCCUGGGGGGGCUUUAUUAUUACUAUUGUCAGUAUAACGUUUCCUUGGAGAGGAGCAUACCUCUAACAUGAAGUUCAUGCAUGACAAUGGGCCUCAUGCAAGAAUGUUUUAAAGCUUUUCACAAAACAUUUAUGACUUUUUUUAUUCCCAAUAUCUGAUUAAGAAAUUGCCUUUUCCAGGCGGAAAUGCAAAAUCUGCAUCGAGUGUAGCGGAAACAUUUGGAUCAGAAGAUUUAACAUAGCAAACAGUAACAUCUAGUGGUUUUAGUCUGCUGUAAAUGGUAGACAAUUUUGUUUACUAGCUUCCCUGCUGGUAAAGAUGUGUAAAAUGUCUAAAUAAAUUCAUGUUUUAUUAUAGCAGCACAUUAAAGAUGUUCUAAAAACACAAAAUCUGCAUAAAGUACAAAAAACACGUUAAGAAUGUAAUUUACACUGCAGAAAAUCCCUGCAGAAUAAGUGUUGUUAAAUAAUUUGUUUUAAUCAUUCUAUCUUUAGGUUGAUCUUAGUUUAUAAAAACUUGUAAUUAUUAAUUAAUAUCUUCCUAUUUCUUUGAGGUGUAAUAGGGGCCCAAGUGUUUUAGUCAAUACCAAUAUAAGAAUCCCCAUAUGUUUUGCCACCAUUCCCAGUGAGCAGAGUGGUAAAGAAAGGAAAAAAAAAAAAACAACGCUCAUUGUUGGAAAACUGCAGCAAAGAAUUGCGUAUUAGGAUCAGCGUAAAAUUCCAGAAGUGGUGACUACAACCCAAAUGGUUGGUUUGCCAAGAAAAGGUUUUUUUCUACCCUACCAUCAUAAACAUAAAUGUAGAGUUUUCCUAACUACUGGAGCUGUGUGUUUGGGUCAAAACCGUUCAGUAACAAACACUCCUAAAACAAUGAUGAUAAAGUUUUUAUUCCUAAAAUCGUUCAGUCUUUAGAUUAUUGGAAUUGGCCAUUGGAAUAAAAGAUGAAUUUAUUCAAAAGCUUUUCACACAUUUCUAAUAUUGAUACCGCCAAAGUUUCCCUGUCUUUGUCUGCACAGUGGGAGUGUGCUGUGAACAGCAGCUGUUCCUUAGUCAUUAAACUUAGUUAAUAAAGACAAGAAACGGCGUCACCAUAGGGACAGUUCAACAUCACCAAUAUGAUACUCAAUUUUUCUUUGCUGUCAGUUCAAACAGGAAUCAAACAUCAGCGCCUUAAUAAAAGUGGGACAGUUGGAUUAGACUGUUUGUAUUGUAUCUGGGAAUACAUCAACAGGCUACUAAACACUGCAAGUUACACUUAUCUUGUUGCAACAACGACCUUCAGGGGAAACCAGAAUCCCGGCACUCACAUGACUGUUACUUUGACAUCUGCCUCCUGCUUGCGCACCUUUUACGACCUAAAUCACACAUCAGCAGCACUUUUGCUUUUCCGCUCAAGGCCCUGCAACAACUGCUUUGAAAUGAUCAUGAACUAAACUGAUGCAAUCCAUGGAUGCUGUUCCAGUCCUGGUUAUGAGACUCUCCACUGAGUGGGCAUUUUCUGCAUGUGAUGGCUAAAAUGUGUAAUGUAACCAGCUGGAGCUGUAAUUGACACUAUCCACAACCUAAAAUGACUUUAAUUCUAUAAUAUUUUUCCAUGGAGCUGGUAGAUUGUAUAGUUUGUCUUCCUUUUAUGUAACUGUAAAUUCUCAGCUAAUAUCAACCUGGUGAAUCUCACUCAGGAGAAGUUCUUGCAUGGAGCCCAUUGUCUCAGUUUGAUGCUGGUUCAGAAAAAUCAGGGCUGUAAAGAAACUAUACAGCAGCAAAUGAGGCCUUUUCUCUGUCGAGCCACUGGCAGGGUGAUAAAAUGUGAAAUUUCAGAGAGGACUCGGGAAUGAUUGUUGCGUAAACCGUGAUUUGAUUAAAAAGCAAGUCCUGACUUUGAUUUGGAAUAACAGAAAGAAAAAAAAAAAAACGUAGCAUUUUGAAGCCUGGAUUCAAACAUUUUGCUGAAUGUGUUUUUAUAUGUUGAAACCAGAAACACUAACCACUGACAGGACUGAAAAUCCUCCUCUGCAGACAUCAGAAACAGUAGCGCCUAUGUUUGAGCACUGCUGUGGACCUGUUGUAUACUAAUGACAAGGACUUGCUCCAAGAAGCGUAUUUGUAACAGCCAUCUAAGCUACGGACAUUUUUUUUAGAAAUGUUUUGUACAUUGAAAAUCUGAAUCGCUGUGUACAGAAUUCCAGAGUUGAUGUUUUUAUUUAUUUGUUCGGAUCCUAUUCUUUGAUUUUUUUGCUUGCUUUUCAACUGACAUCAGCUUUGUAUUAAAUCAGACUCUUGCUGUAGUAUUUUGAAUAACUAGCAUGUAUUGUAACUCAGUGGCGAUGUCUGUUAGUGCUAAGUUUGGGUGUUUAGAAAAAAUCUUCACAUUGAAAGGGACUGCUUUCUGUUGUCCACUCAGUGGUUUGAAAUUAGAAUAUUCAUCUGCUUUGUAAGUUUCUUUUUCUGCAAAAGCACCCAUAAAUAUAUUUCUUGUACUGC